AUGGACGGAGCGGCGGAGCCCGAGGCGCGCACGCUGGUGAAGCGCGGCGCGGGGAGCGGCGGCCGCGGUGUAAGAGGCAAUUGGUCUGGGAGUCUUGUCGUAGCCUCCUUAACUGGUGCUUUUGGGUCGUCUUUUCUUUACGGCUACAAUCUGUCGGUGGUGAACGCUCCCGCAGGGUUUAUCAAGAAGUUUUACAAUGAAACUUGGGAGAGGAGAUAUGGCUUCUCAGUGGAUGAAGGCACGCUGACACUCCUCUGGUCGAUAACCGUUUCCAUUUUUGCCAUCGGUGGCCUUGUGGGUGCCAUUAUUGUAACCCCAAUUGUGAAGUUCUUUGGGAGGAAAUGCACAUUGGUGCUCAAUAAUGUGUUUGCAGUGGCAGCUGCACUGCUGAUGUCCCUGUCCUUGCUGGCUGGAUCGUUUGAAAUGCUCAUCCUGGGCCGCAUCAUCAUGGGAGUGGAUGCAGGCAUUUCAUUAAGUGCCCUCCCCAUGUAUUUGAGUGAAAUAUCUCCUAAGGAAAUCCGUGGUUCAUUGGGUCAGGUCACAGCCAUUUUCAUUUGCAUUGGUGUUUUCACUGGUCAAGUUUUGGGGCUGCCAGAAAUAUUUGGGCAAGAAUCUCGGUGGCCUUUCUUAUUUGGAGCCAUCAUUGUUCCAUCGUUGAUACAAGUUGUGAUUCUGCCUUUUCUUCCCGAAAGCCCUCGGUACCUCCUACUCGAAAAGCAUAACAGGAGCAAGGCAGAAAAAGCCUUUCAGAGAUUCCUUGGGAAAGGUGAUGUGUCUCAGGAGAUAGAGGAAGUCUUGGCAGAGUCUCGGGCCCAGAGGAACACCAAGCUGGUGUCGGUGCUUCAGCUGCUGCGAACGCGCGCGGUGCGAUGGCAGAUCCUGACCGUGGUCGUCACCAUGGGCUGCUACCAGCUCUGUGGGCUGAAUGCUAUCUGGUACUACACAAACAACAUCUUUAGUGAGUCUGGGAUCAAUCGUGAAACAAUCCCUUAUGUUACACUAAGUACUGGUGGUGCUGAGACUCUGGCUGCUGUUUUUUCUGGCUUGGUUAUUGAGCGGCUUGGGCGCAGGCCUCUCCUCAUUGGAGGCUUUGGGCUGAUGAUCGUCUUCUUCGCAGUGCUCACUGUCUCCCUGACCUUACAGAACACUGUGUAUUGGCUUCCUUACCUCAGUAUAUUUUGUAUCCUUGCAAUCAUUGCAUCGUUCUGCAUUGGACCAGGUGGGAUUCCCUUUGUCCUCACUGGAGAGCUUUUCCAGCAGUCACAGAGGCCAGCUGCAUUCAUGAUAGCUGGGACAGUCAACUGGCUCUGCAACUUCGCAGUGGGACUGCUCUUCCCCUUCAUCCAGGCUGGUUUGCAGACCUACUGCUUCCUAGUGUUUGCUGGUGUCUGCUUUGCAGGAGCAGCCUACCUGUUUUUUGUCCUGCCUGAAACAAAAAAUAAGACAUUUCAUGAGAUCAGCCAAGCAUUUGCCAAAAGGAAUAAAGUAACUUUAGAAAUGCAAGAGAUGAACCACUACCCAGGGGAGAGGAAACCAAGUGAAGAACAAGAAUCAAACUUCACAUCUCCAGUGGACAACGGGGAAACCAUAAAAGGGAUUGUGUAA